ACAGGAAUGAAUAGUACACUGUACAGAAGAAACGUUGCAUGAGAACACAUUCUGUACAUGAUACGGACAGUUUCAAUCUGCAGGCGCUUCCUCAGCUGUGGUGCAGCCAACGGUUUAACCCAACAAUGAAAAUGUACCGCACAAUGCCCCUGCUGGCUGUCUUUGGUCUAAUCCUUUCAUUCUUUGUCAGUGAUUCCCUUCAGCAAGCCAAGAAGAGAGACAUUGUCUUCCUAAUCGAUGGCUCUCCUGGGAUGGGAAGGUCAUUUCUUCAUGUUCGUAAUUUUCUUAAUAACAUAAUCCAGGAGCUCGAUAUUGGGCCUGACAGAGAUCAAGUGGCAUUGGUACAAUACAGUUCUAACCCAAGACUUGAAUUUGGCCUCAAUACUCAUUCAUCAAAAAGUGAGAUUUUGAUUGCAAUUAAAAAGCUGAGACUGAAAACAGGGAGACCCCUCAACACUGGUGCUGCACUGGACUAUGUAACAAUGAAUGUCUUCAGUCCAUCCGCAGGGAGCAGAGGAAUUGCUGGAGCUUCACAAAUCCUGGUGCUCAUCACUGCUGGGAAAUCCAGCGACGAUGUUAGUCAGGCAGCAGAUACAAUGAAACAGGCUGGUAUUGUGCCCAUUGCUAUUGGAGCCAAGAAUGCAGACACAGCGGAACUACAACAGAUAGUGUCUAAUCCGGAAUCUGUUUUGAAACUGGGAGACUUCCAUGAAUUGAAAACUAUUCAACAAGAGUUUUUGUCUCAAGUUAGAGCAAUGAUUGUAGUUGAUGGACCAAUCCCUCCUACUGAAGUUUCUGCAUCAAGGAAGAGAGACAUCGUCUUCCUAAUUGAUGGCUCUCCUGGGAUGGGAAGAUCGUUUAUUCAAGUUCGUAGUUUUCUUAAUAACAUAAUCCAGGAGUUUGACAUUGGAUCUGACAGAGAUCAAGUGGCUGUGGUACAAUACAGUUCUAACCCAAGACUUGAAUUUGGCCUCAACACUCAUUCAACUCUAGAUGCAGUUUUAGAUGCAAUUAAAAAGAUGAGAUUGAAAACAGGGAGACCCCUCAACACUGGUGCUGCACUGGACUAUGUAACAAGGAAUGUCUUCAACCCAUCUGCAGGGAGCAGAGGAGGCACUGGAGCUUCACAAAUCCUGGUCCUCAUCACUGCUGGGAAAUCCAGAGACGAUGUUGGACAGGCAGCAGCUACAAUGAAACAUGCUGGUAUCGUGCCCUUUGCUAUUGGAGCCAAGAAUGCAGACACAGCGGAACUACAACGGAUAGUGUCUAAUCCCGACUCUGUUUUGAAACUGGGAGACUUCAACGAAUUGCAAACCAUUCAAGAAGAGUUCCUGACUAAAGUUACAGCAGUGUCUGUGAUUGAGGAACCAAUCCCUCCUACUGAAGCUGUACGAAGGGAAAUGAGUGAGAGAGACAUUGUCUUCCUUAUCGAUGGAUCAGACAAUGUUGGAAACACCAAUUUACCUUUUGUCAAGGACUUCAUCACAAGAAUAGUUCGGAACUUGGCCAUUGGAAGUGACCAGGUGCGAGUAGGUCUGGCACAGUACAGCGAUGAUACUGAAGCUGAAUUCUAUUUAAACACUUACUCUUCAGAAGCUGAACUUCUAUCUCAUAUCAGGACCCUCAUGUUGCGAGGUGGGACAACGGUCAACACCGGUUCAGCAUUGGAUUUUGCCAGUAAAUAUUUUUUUUCCAGGGCUGCAGGAAGUCGAAUAAAAGAAAACAUUCCUCAGUUUUUGGUGCUUGUUACUAGUGGAAGGUCCGAUGAUGAUGUGGAAGCAUCAUCAGAUGCAUUGAAGCGAGCUGCAGUAAUGACCUUCGCUGUUGGAGUCAAGCACACAGACCCAGCCCAGCUAGAAGAGAUGGCAAUUGACCCAAGUUUGAUCUUCAGUGUCAAUGAUUUCCAGUCUCUGCCAGAUUUACUGGAUCAGAUGAUAAUACCACUGACCACACUGGCAGUUCCAACAAUAAUAAUUGAAGAACCAACAAUAAAACCCGUGGAACCCAUUCCUGCAACAAAAGCUUCACCAAUCAUGAAGAGAGAUAUCGUCUUCCUAAUUGAUGGCUCUCCUGGAAUGGGAAGAUCGUUUCUUCAUGUUCGUGCGUUUCUCAAUCAUGUAAUCCAGGAGCUUGAUAUUGGACCUGACAGAGAUCAAGUUGCCGUGGUACAGUACAGUGUUAACCCAAGGCUUGAAUUUGGCCUCAACAUCCAUUCAACAAAAAGUGAAAUUUUGGAUGCAGUAAAAAGGCUGAGACUGAAAACAGGGAGACGCCUCAACACUGGUGUUGCACUGGACUAUGUCACAAGGAAUGUCUUCAACCCAUCUGCAGGGAGCAGAGGAGGCACAGGAGCUUCACAAAUCCUGGUGCUCAUCACUGCUGGGAAAUCCAGAGACAAUGUUGGACAGGCAGCAGAUACAAUGAAACAGGCUGGUAUUGUGCCCAUUGCUAUUGGAGCCAAGAAUGCAGAUGCAACAGAACUACAACAGAUAGUGUCUAAUCCCGACUCUGUUUUGAAACUGGAAGACUUCAACGAGUUGGAAACUAUUCAGCAAGUGCUAUUGUUUAAAGUUAGAGCAGUGUCUGUGGUUGAUGAACCAAUUCCUCCAACUGAAGUUGUACGAAGGGAAAUGAGUGAGAGAGAUAUUGUCUUCCUUAUCGAUGGAUCAGACAAUAUUGGAAACACCAAUUUACCUUUUGUCAAGGACUUCAUCACAAGAAUAGUUCGGAACUUGGCCAUUGAAAGUGACCAGGUGCGAGUAGGUCUGGCACAGUACAGCGAUGAUACUGAAGCUGAAUUCUAUUUAAACACUUACUCUUCAGAAGCUGAACUUCUGUCUCAUAUCAGGACCCUCAGAUUGCGAGGUGGGACAACUGCCAACACUGGUUCAGCAUUGGAUUUUGCCAGUAAAUACUUUUUUACUAGCUCAGCAGGAAGUCGAAUAAAAGAAAACAUUCCUCAGUUUUUGGUGCUUGUUACUAGUGGAAGGUCCGAUGAUGAUGUGGAAGCACCAUCAGAUGCAUUGAAGCGAGCUGCAGUAAUGACCUUCGCUGUUGGAGUCAAGCACACAGACCGAGCCCAGCUAGAAGAGAUGGCAAUUGAUCCAAGUUUGAUCUUCAGUGUCAAUGAUUUCCAGUCUCUGCCAGAUUUACUGGAUCAGAUGAUAAUACCACUGACCACACUGGCAGUUCCAACAAUAAUAAUUGAAGAACCAACAAUAAAACCUGAGGAGGAACCCAUUCCUACUACAGAAGUCAGAAAGAGAGAUAUCGUCUUCCUAAUUGAUGGCUCUCCUGGGAUGGGCAGAUCAUUUCUUCAAGUCCGCGAAUUUCUCGAUAGCGUAAUCCAGGAGAUCGAUAUUGGACCUGACAAAGACCAAGUUGCUGUGGUACAAUACAGUUCUGACCCAAGACUUGAAUUUGGCCUCAACACUCACUCAACUAGAGAUGCAGUUUUAAACACAAUUAAAAGGAUGAGACUGAAAACAGGGAGACCCCUCAACACUGGUGCUGCACUGGACUAUGUCACAAGGAAUGUCUUCAGUCCAUCCGCAGGGAGCAGAGAAGAUGCUGGAGCUUCACAAAUCCUGGUGCUCAUCACUGCUGGGAAAUCCAGAGAUGAUGUUGGACAGGCAGCAGAUACAAUGAAACAGGCUGGUAUCAUGCCAAUUGCAAUUGGAGCCAAGAAUGCAGAUACAGCACAGCUUCAAAAGAUCGUAUAUGAACCAAAUUUUAUUUUGAAACUGAAAGACUUCAAAGAGUUGGAAACCAUUCAGCAAGGGUUAUUAUCUAUGUUUGGAGUUGUGCCUGUGGUUGAGGAACCAAUCCCUCCUACUGAUGAGAAACUAAUCCCUCCUAUUGAUGAGAAACCAAUCGCUCCUAUUGAUGAGAAACCAAUCGCUCCUAUUGAUGAGAAACCAAUCCCUCCUAUUGAUGAGAAACCAAUCCCUCCUACUGAUGAGAAACCAAUCGCUCCUACUCAUGAAGAACCAAUCCUUCCUACUGAUGAGGAAACAAUUCCUCCUGCAGAAGUUGUACCACAGGAAGUGAACAGGAGAGACAUUCUCUUCCUUAUUGAUGGAUCAGUUUACGUUGGAAAUGUUAACUUUAUUCAUAUCCGUGAAUUCAUCACAAGAUUGAUAGAGACUUUGGACAUUGGAAGUGACAGAGUGCAAGUAGCUGUGGCGCAGUACAGCGAUGAUGUGAAAACAGAAUCCUAUCUAAAUAGCUACUCAUCGAAAGCUGAUCUCUUGUCUCAUGUGAAAGGACUCAACGCAAAAGGUGGUCGAAUAGUUAACACUGGGGCAGCACUGGAUUACGUCCUUAAAAACCACUUCACAAAAUCUGCGGGAAGUAGGAAAGAGCAAGGUGUUCCUCAGAUCUUGAUGUUGAUCACUGGUGUUAGGUCCAGAGAUGAUAUCAAACCAUCGGCAGAUGCCCUAAAGCGAGCUGUUCUACAUACCCUUACUGUUGGAGCCAGGAGGGCAGAUCCAACACAGUUGAAAGAAAUUUCAAGUGACCCCAACUUGGCCUUCAAUGUAAAGGAGUUUCGCUCUCUAUCAGAUAUACAGAAUCAGGUGAUGACAUCAUUAUCAGCAUCAGUAACGGUGAAUCCUUUGCCAACAACAAUUGUUCCACCAGUUACUACAACUGAAGUUGUAGCACAAGAAGUGAAGAGGAGAGACAUUGUCUUCCUUAUUGAUGGAUCAGUUUAUGUUGGAAACAUUAAUUUUAUCCAUAUCCGUGAAUUCAUCACAAGAUUGAUAGAGACUUUGGACAUUGGAAGUGACAGAGUGCAAGUAGCUGUAGUGCAGUACAGCGAUGAUAUGAAAACAGAAUCCUAUCUAAACAGCUACUCAUCGAAAGCUGAUCUCUUGUCUCAUGUGAGAGGGCUUAAAGUGAAAGGUGGUCGAAUAGUUAACACUGGGGCAGCACUGGAUUACGUCCUUAAAAACCACUUCACAAAAUCUGCGGGAAGUAGGAAAGAGCAAGGUGUUCCUCAGAUCUUGAUGCUAUUCACUGGUGGAAGAUCCAGAGAUGAUAUCAAACUGUCGGCAGAUACCCUGAAGCGAGCAGCUAUACAUAUCUUUACUGUUGGAGCCAGGAGGGCAGACCCAACACAGUUAAAAGAAAUUUCAAGUGACCCCAACUUGGCUUUCAAUCUAAAGGAAUUUCGCUCUCUAUCAGAUAUACAGAAUCAGUUGCUGACACAAUUAUCUACAGUGCCUGACUUGCCACAAACUACUGAAAAGCCUAUGGUUACCAUUAAUGAAGUUAUGCCAAAAUUAGUGAGCAAACGAGACAUUGUGUUCCUUAUCGAUGGAUCAGACUAUGUCGGAAAUGCAGAUUUUCCUUUUGUCCGUGACUUUCUCUCAAGUUUCAUUGAAAAUCUUGAUGUUGGAAGUGACAGAGUGCGAAUCAGUCUGGUACAGUUCAGUGAUUAUGCAGAAACUGAAUUCUAUCUGAACACUUAUUCUUCUGAAGAUGAAAUUCUGCGUCAUGUGGAAGGAAUCGGAUUGAGAGGUGGAGCACCACUAAACAUUGGAGCAGCACUGGACUAUGUUUAUAGACGUCAUUUCACCAAAUCUUCAGGAAGUAGAAAAGAGGAAGGUGUUCCUCAGUCACUGGUCCUCAUCACUGCUGGAAGAUCCAGAGAUUAUAUCAAACAAUCUGUGGAUGCACUGAAGCGAGCUGAUGUAACAGUGUUUGCUGUUGGAACCAGGAAUGCAGACUCAGCACAACUCAGAGAGAUUGCAAGUGAGCCUAGCUUGCUUCUCAGUGUUAAUGAAUUCCGCUCUCUGCCUCAUGUACAGGAGCAGCUGAUGAUUUCGAUGACAAAUCCGCCUGAACCACGAGAAUCCACAGACCGCCCACGUGUUCCCGUAAACCCAGGAAACAUAAGCAAACGAGACAUUGUGUUCCUUAUCGAUGGAUCAGACUAUGUCGGAAAUGCAGAUUUUCCUUUUGUCCGUGACUUUCUCUCAAGUAUCAUUGAAAACUUUGACAUUGGAAGUGACAGAGUGCAAAUCGGUCUGGUACAGUUCAGUAAUUAUGCAGAAACUGAAUUCUAUCUGAACACUUAUUCUUCUGAAGAUGAAAUCCUGCAUCAUGUGGAAGGAAUCAGAUUGAGAGGUGGAACACCACUAAACAUUGGAGCAGCACUGGACUAUGUUUAUAGAAAUCACUUCACCAGAUCUUCAGGAAGUAGAAAAGAGGAAGGUGUUCCUCAGUUACUGGUGCUCAUCACAGCUGGAAGAUCCAGGGAUUAUAUCAGACAAUCUGUGGAUGCACUGAAGCGAGCUGAAGUAACAAUGUUUGCUGUUGGAACCAGGAAUGCAGACUCAGCACAACUCAGAGAGAUUGCAAGUGAGCCUAGUUUGCUUCUCAGUGUUAAUGAAUUCCACUCUCUGCCUCAUGUACAUGAGCAGCUGAUGAUUUCAAUGACAAAUCCACCUGAACCACGAGAAUCCACAGACCGCCCACGUGUUCCCGUAAACCCAGGUAUUUUAAUUCAUUUACUGCUUUAA